AUGAUGCGGAUGAUGGGCGCGAUGGUCGGUCGCGCCAUGGGCCUGUGCUUGCUGGCUCUGAUGGCGAUGCCGAGGGGAGACAGUGCGGCGACGAUGGUGGACAGCAUGCCAAGGUCAGGCGCCAUGCUGUGGAUUCAAAGUUUAAGCCCAGUCGCGAGUCCUCGUCGGUGCGACAUGCAAGGCACGAGAUUGCUAGAGAGCAGCCAUGACGGGAGGAGGAGCGGACUGAUCAAGGCGUUCGAGGGAUGGUUGAAAGGCAAGGGGAUCAUACGAGAAGAGAGCAAAGUCUGCCUCGAGAGCACGGAGUCAUGUGGUCUGGGGUUGUUCUGCCGCGAGGACGUCAAGGCGGGAGACCUGCUCUUGUCGCUCCCAGCGCUGGAGUUCAUGAGCAACAAGCUUGAGAGCAGCUCCUUGCAAGCAAGGCCUUCCUUCCUGAGCUUCAUCAGGCAGACAGACCAGGUGCUCUCUGCCAUGUCGUGGGAGAGGAGGAGAUCAGGGAACGCGGCGUUGGCGCUGCAGCUUCUGCUGCAUCGGAACCUCGGAGGGGAGUCAGAGUUCAAACCGUACAUCGACCUGCUGCCGGAGUAUCAUGACUAUGAGAUGACGUGGCUAUGGUCUGUCGAAGAGCAGCAGGACCUUCUGUCCGGGAAGAUCCUCAAGGACUCGAUGAGCAUCACCUCACAGAUCGAGCGGGAGCAUCAUACCAUCAAGGAGGUUCUGGGUAGAUUCCAGGAUUGUGCAGAGUUUGGGGAGUUUUCUCUUGAAAGUUACAAGUGGGCGCAAGCAACCAUCAUGUCCAGAGCGUUCGACCUUGACGAGGGGCAGGAGACGGCAAGACGUCAAGGCGAACAAAACCUGCUGCUGGUUCCGCUCUGCGACAUGGUGAAUCACUCACCGGACGCCUCUUUCUCCAUUGACUGCGAUGCUGCUGGCAACGUGAACUUGUUUGCCUCGGAGAACUACAAGGCCGGCCAGGAGGUGCACAUCAACUACGGCUCCUCCUCCAAUGAGCAACUGCUGCUGUCGUUUGGAUUCGUGCUCGAGGGAGGAUGGCAAGCUCAGGAGACCGAGAUAACUCUGGAGGUGCCGCAAGACGUGGAGGGGUUUGAGAUCAAGAGGAAUCUUCUAUUCAAUGGCGGGCUCCCCUCAGCAUGGCAGCUGGUCCUCCCUGUCCCCUUCCAUGACUCCCAGCAGCCGCACAGCAGGGAGUUCAGCCAGCAGCGAACGAUGAGCCAGGGAGAGGACGUCUUCGACUUUCUCGCGUCGCUGCAGACUCUCUCGCAAGGGAAGGGCAACUUCAACCCCCUCGCGCUCCUCCAACGUCCGUUGAGCAGUUUCAACGAGGGCCUGGCUGUUCGCUUCAUCCUCGAUCAGUGUCAUCGAGCGUCCUCUUGCCUGGAGCCUCUCAGGGCCGCAAGGGGGGGGGGCAGGAGGAGGGACAUGGCGCGGGUGAUCUCCCGCGACAGAGCGUCAGCUUCUCGAUCAGUCGAUGACGUCAUCGGUUCCUUCCUCGUCUGA